AUGGACCCCACGCCACACGAGGGUGACGGUGUUGAGCUACUUGACUGGCUCUUUGAAAUGAUGGAAAAUGAUGGAACUUUUCGUCAUGUGGAAACGGGUCACAAUGGAAACCACAACAGCUGGCCAAUGUCAGACACUAGUAUGCUGGAGUCUCCUGGCCAGGGGGAUGGAGACUUCCUCACUGCUCUUCUCAGUGGGUCUGACUCUGCACCAAGCUCUCCGCUCUGGUCACCCUCCCACAGUGACAGUGGCAUCAGCGAGGAUCCACAUUCUGACCAAAUGGACAGUCCUCUGAGACCUGAAAGUCCCCCUAGUGGAGAGACACCCUUUAACAGCUGGGGGAUCCAUACUAAAACAGAGCUGGAAGCAGCCACAGCCAAUAUCAAUAUUUCCAAUAGCUGGGACCAGAGUUUUCAGAAUAGUCAUCCACAGACUACACCAUAUCCUGGUUGUGGAGGCCUCUCCUCAGGAAGCGCCCUGACGGUGAAGGACCUGCUGCUGGCCGGCACUGCUGACUCGCCCUCACUGCCCUCACAACAGUCCAUUCAGGAGUUGGUUCUCAAUGAAGAUGAGAGGAAGUUGUUGGCAAAGGAGGGGGUGACUCUGCCCAGCCAACUGCCACUCACAAAGUAUGAGGAAAGAAUACUGAAGAAAGUACGCCGGAAAAUACGUAAUAAGCAGUCAGCACAGGAGAGCCGCAAGAAGAAAAAGGAGUACAUAGAUGGACUUGAGAGCAGAAUGGCUGCCUGCAAUGCACACAACCAAGAGCUGCAGCGAAAAGUUUCCCAACUUGAAAAAUGCAACAUGUCACUGAUGCAGCAGCUGCGCAGACUGCAGGCUUUGGUCAUGAAUACAUCAAACAGACCAGCCCAAACAGGCACAUGUGUUCUGGUUUUCUUGUUGUCCUUCUCACUCAUCCUGUUCCCCAGCCUCAAGCCUUUUUCCAGCACUGAUGUGAACCAAGGAGACUUCAGUUCAGUCAGAGUCCAGUCACGAUCCCUCCAGAAUCUGCAGGCGUCUCGUGUCCUGCAUGCCAUUAACCCUCAAUACACCACUGAAGAUGAAGCCCAGGAUGAUCUCCCUCAUCGACGUUUCCCUGGAGAUGAGGCCAUAGACCAUGUCAACUUCCUGAUGAAAAAUCUAAACAUGCAAAACUUUGAGCACGAUCCAGAGUCCUUCUCCCCGAACGGCACCGAGGAGGAAAACGUGGCUCAUUUCCAUGUGGACCCUAUCACCGGCCACAUAGCCACUGUGACUCUGGACCCACAACGCCCCGCCCGGCUACGACCUCACGCUGAUGACAUGUGA